AUGCUUUUUAGUCCAGCACUAGACUCAAUCUGUGUCCAGGAAACAGGCCCCAUAUGUAUAACUGACAUGCUUGUCCUUGUUCAGGACUCCACACACUGGCUUCAGAUUGAACCCUUGACUUCCACUGUCCAGGGAGUGACAAUGUUCAGGCACAGGACACCCAAAGGGAGUUAUGAGUGCACAGUGUCUGGGCUCCGCUGGCUGUGUGAGAGAGAUGUCAUUCUGAAGUAUCACUUCAGGAACUGGGAACCCUACAGUCAACUUCUGAAAMACAUGCAGUACACACAAGGUGGUCCAUUGCUGGACAUCACUAUGGAGUUAGGUGAACUGGAGGAAGUUCAUCUGCCACACUMUGUCUGUUUAGGGACUAACCUUUCCCUGAGGAAUGAGAUGAAGAUUCUUCAUGUAGAGGAACAUGGAGUGUCUUUAGAGGAAGUGCAUGAGGUCACCAGAUUCCAUGCUAAGAUUCUCUAUCCCAAGUUCUCAGCUAUCUCUGUUAUACUGAGCUAUAUCUUUUCUUGGAACGUAGAUGUCCACUGUGAGCUGAUGCUCUAUCUGACAGUGAAAAGGGAAACACUAAUUCCACGCCUAUACCUGUUCCCCAGUGACCCCGGCCAGAUACAGGCUGUGGAACAACAGGAAUCAAAGUUUCAAGGGUCUAAAAGGUUUCCAAACACAAGACCAGAGCAGUCCUUCAAACUGAAUAGUUCCUUCAGACUGAACAUUCCCUGUUCUACCGCCAUCAAUCCACCGAGGAUUCAUCUACUGGGGAAAUAUAACAGAGGAGCUGAGGACACAGACACUGUCAUCAACCAGGAGGAAAUGGAGUCAGUGAAGGUGAUAGCUGAGAGGGCAGAGAAGGCACGUGACAUCAUCGACAUGGUGUUGAGAAAAGGAACGGAGUCGUGUUCCAGAUGA